UGGUGAGCGGGCGCCUACGGGAGGGAGAGCGAGAGCGAGAGGAAGCGCGAGAGCUAGAGGGGGCGAGCGGCAGCGGCGGCGUUGGCGGCGGGGAGGGCGGCGGGAGCGCACAGACACGCACACGCACACGCGCACACACAGACACACACUCCGGGGACGCACACCGCGAGCACACACGCAGAGACAGCUCGCCUUCCUGCCUGGCUUCCUUCCUGUCUGCUCCACGCCUGACAGGCCCCUCACUGCAGCCAAGGGCCGCCCACACCGGGCCGAGGCCGGGCCGGGCCGGCGGCGAGGACAGCGGGGGCCGCGGGCGGCGGCGGCGGCUCAUGCCCGGCCUGUCCCCGCGCGGGGCGGGCACCGUGACUUGGCUGGGCCCCCAGCGGCGGGCGAUGUGAAGAUGUCAGUGGGCUGUGCCUGCCCUGGUUGUUCCUCAAAGUCAUUCAAGCUGUACUCACCCAAGGAGCCCCCGAACGGCAACGCCUUCCCCCCCUUCCAUCCCGGCACCAUGCUAGAUCGGGAUGUGGGCCCAACUCCCAUGUACCCGCCUACCUACCUGGAGCCUGGGAUUGGGAGGCACACACCAUAUGGCAACCAAACUGACUACAGGAUAUUCGAGCUUAACAAACGGCUUCAAAACUGGACAGAGGAGUGUGACAAUCUCUGGUGGGAUGCUUUCACAACUGAGUUCUUUGAGGAUGAUGCCAUGUUAACCAUCACUUUCUGCCUGGAGGAUGGACCAAAGAGAUACACCAUUGGCCGGACCCUGAUCCCACGCUACUUCCGCAGCAUCUUUGAGGGUGGUGCUACGGAGCUCUACUAUGUACUUAAGCACCCCAAGGAGGCAUUCCACAGCAACUUUGUUUCCCUUGACUGUGACCAGGGCAGCAUGGUGACCCAACAUGGCAAACCUAUGUUCACCCAGGUUUGUGUGGAGGGCCGGUUGUACCUGGAGUUCAUGUUUGAUGACAUGAUGCGGAUAAAGACGUGGCACUUCAGCAUCCGGCAGCACCGAGAGCUCAUCCCCCGCAGCAUCCUUGCCAUGCAUGCCCAGGACCCCCAGAUGUUGGAUCAGCUCUCCAAAAACAUCACCCGGUGUGGGCUGUCCAAUUCCACUCUCAACUACCUCCGACUCUGUGUGAUACUCGAGCCCAUGCAGGAGCUCAUGUCCCGCCACAAGACCUACAGCCUCAGCCCCCGUGACUGUCUCAAGACCUGCCUCUUCCAGAAGUGGCAGCGCAUGGUAGCACCCCCUGCGGAGCCUGCACGGCAGCAGCCCAGCAAGCGGCGGAAAAGGAAGAUGUCAGGGGGCAGCACCAUGAGCUCGGGGGGCGGCAACACCAACAACAGCAACAGCAAGAAGAAAAGCCCAGCCAGCACCUUCGCCCUCUCCAGCCAGGUACCUGAUGUGAUGGUGGUGGGGGAGCCCACCCUGAUGGGCGGGGAGUUCGGGGACGAGGACGAGAGGCUCAUCACCCGGCUGGAGAACACCCAGUUUGACGCGGCCAACGGCAUUGACGACGAGGACAGCUUUAACAACUCCCCUGCCCUGGGCGCCAACAGCCCCUGGAACAGCAAGCCUCCGUCCAGCCAAGAGAGCAAAUCGGAGAACCCCACAUCACAGGCCUCCCAGUAAAGGCCUUGCCACGGCCUCCGCCACCCAGCGCUCUGCCUGUCUGCCCCACCCCUCGAAGCCCCAGGGAGCAGAAGACAGAAUGAAGAGACUGAGCAUCUAAAAUGGACAGCCUCAUCCACCCGCUUCAGGGAGGAACUGGACUCACUGGGGGCAGGUGCCAAGAUUUGCCCCCCAGUGGCCCUGGGCUUGGGCUGGCCUCUGCAGAGCCUUUUGGGGGAAGGGGGUACUCAUGUGGAUGCCUAUGUGGACCCUGGACCUCUGAGAAAUGUCCUGACCACCUCCCAGGGCAUUUGCCUCCAUCCUCACCCCAGGUUCUGGGUUCCCCCAUCCUCCUGACUCCACCCUCUUCAAGCCUGGGGUUGUCUGUGCCCACAGCCCUUAGGGACUUAAAAGUUAUGGGGCUUGGUUGAAUGCCCCUCCUCCAAACCCUCCCCUUAGGUGGCUGGUAGUAGAGGGGUAAAGCUCUGGGCUCCUCCCUUCUGCCACCUAUCCCAGCUCCAAGUUUUUUUAAAAAUAAUAUUAUUAAAAAUGUAAGUUUAAAAAAAAAUCACUCAUGUUCCCUAUUUCCCCUUAUUAAAGGUCCAGCUACCUCCCUAUGCCUGGCAGAUGGAGAGCUUAGGGCCCAUGUGGAGGUAGGGCGGUAUGCAUUACCAUUUUAUACAGUUUGAGAGCUUCAGACCAAGGAGACACUUUGCCAUCUCUCUUCCCUUUUCCUCUGGGGUGACUGGAGUUGCGGAAGGCAUGCCAUGAGGGUAGGGCGCCAUUGAUGGCCUCACUUCUGUGACAGCCCCCUGCUGUUGUCUCUGUCUCCCCAUCCUCUAGGACUCUGGCCUGCCCUCCUAGUGCUUGUGACUCCUUCUAUCCCAGCCCCCAACCCCCUCCCUCCACGGUGUGUAUAUUCUUUACAAGUCCUCCACUAGAGCAGCUGUCUUGGAUGGGGGGAGGGGGAGGCUCCCUCCCUUAGGGAGUGUGGAGGGAAGGGAGCAGCCUUGUUUGUCACUGUGUGUUUUGUUUUGUCUCAGUUGGGCAGGCAUGGGUGGAGGAGGGGUUCAUCCACUCUCCAGUACUCUCUUUCCCCAACCCCUCAGACUGCAUAUCUAGUCCUCCCCUGCCCUUCAAGGAGGGGUAGAAGCCACUGAGGGUGUCCCAGCUCUGAGCCCACCAGGGAGCAAUAGGCUUUUGUCCUCCAGCUGAAGUAAAGGCUCUUCAUCUCCCAGUAUCUCCUCUCUCCCCUUCUUCAUAGAAGGACAGGGGAGGCAGCCAGGAUCCUCAGCUGUUUCACAAUUGGACAUGUGGAGACUCCAGGCCCAGGGUGAGGCCGAGAGCAGGGUCCCAUGUGUCUGGACGCAGCUCUGUGGCUUCUCUGCCUUCUGUGGCCAGUUCCAGAAGUGUUAGCACCACCUCUCUCCCCAGUCUUCCUUCUGGAUUCUGGGGUCCCUCACAUCCUGUUUCCUCUACUCCAGCUGCCACUUUUGGAAGGAUAUUGUGUCAGGAGCUGAGGGAAGGGGUAGGGAAGGUGGAUGUCCCACCCCGCCCGCUGUAAUGCCUUUUUUUUUUUUUUUUUUUUU